AUGCUACCGCGUAAGUUCCACCUCAGCCUCCUCAUCCUUUCCAUGUUUCUGUUUGCUGGUUUCACCAAUUCAAGUCAUGCGGAAGUGGAAAGUAUUCAAAUCCACCUUUUUGGGUUCGUCAAUGGUGAUGACGCCCGACAGAUUCGACGUUUAUUAAAACCUUGGGCUAAUCCGGAAGAUGUGAGUUUCUACGCGCCUGUCGAUAAAAAUGGGCUCAAACGCCAUUUUACAACCAUCGUUGAAGUCACCCCACGACGGGGCAAGAAUCCGUACAACGAGGGUCGUACUUUUGACAUUUAUGACAUUAUCCGUCAACUGAGCGAUCAACGCUUUCGAGGCAGUCAAACCGGGGGUCGAGCUUGGGUUACCAAAUCUGAAGCGACAGUCACCGGCAAUAUCUACGCACACCCGGGCUUUUCACGGAGCUACAUACGCAACGUUCCUUUUUGGCGACGUUGGCGUGCUGACACAUCAGAAAUCAAUCAUGCAAUGGUUGUUAGUCCGGACCAGAAGGUCGUCUUUAGUGGUGAUGAUAAAUUUGAUGAAUUAAUACAAGAGGCAAACCAAGGCGUUAAUGGGGUCGAAGUCAAAGGACAGAUUGUUGGUUUUGAUGGGGUCUACCCCGUUAUAUCCGUCCGAGAUUUUCGGGUUGAGUACCUAGUUGAACCGAGUAUGAAAGAGGAAGCCAACGAGGCAGAGGAGACCCCAAAACGAGAGCUCGAAUAUCUCAAAAAGGCUGAAGAUACUGACAAAUAG